GAGGAGUGAGGGGUUGUAAAAGGAGAGGAGGGGCGGGGGGCUCGCUCGGGCUGCCCUAUAUGGCUGUGGAUGAGCUCUAUGCUAAUAUCGGCUUGAAAGGCUCAGCUUGCGUUUCUGCCGGCAGUCAGCGGUGGCUUCCAGAGUCUGAGGAGGCUCCUUCACAGCCAUGGCUGAGGGCGGAGAAGGGGAGGAUGAGAUCCAGUUCUUGAGAACUGACGAUGAGGUGGUGCUCCAGAGCGUGGCCACCAUCCAGAAGGAGCAUCGCAAGUUCUGCCUGGCCGCGGAGGGACUCGGAAACCGCCUGUGUUACUUGGAACCCACCUCUGAAGCCAAGUAUGUUCCUCCAGACAUGUGCAUUUGUAACUUUGUGCUGGAGCAGUCGCUGUCGGUCCGCGCCCUGCAGGAGAUGCUGGCUAACACCGGAGCGAGCAGCGAAGGGAAAGCCGACCAUGAAAAAUGGAUGUUAAUUAAAAAGGCGGGUCAGGGAGGCGGACACCGGACCCUGCUCUACGGUCACGCCAUCCUCUUACGUCACUCCUUCAGUGACAUGUACUUGACCUGUUUGAAGACAUCAAGGUCUCUGACAGACAAGCUGUCAUUUGAUGUCGGACUGCAAGAAGAUUCAGUAGGAGAAGCCUGCUGGUGGACGAUUCAUCCGGCGUCCAAGCAGAGAUCGGAAGGAGAGAAAGUCCGCAUAGGAGAUGAUCUGAUUCUCGUCAGCGUGUCCACUGAGAGAUAUCUGCAUCUCUCGAACUGUAACGGCAACAUUCAGGUAGACGCCUCCUUCAUGCAGACCCUCUGGAACGUCCAGCCUACGUGUUCGUCAGGCAACAUGGCUGUAGGGUAUUUGAUUGGCGGGCAUGUGAUGCGUCUCUGUCAUGGUCACGACGAGAGCUUGACGAACCCUGGAGCAGAUAAGAGUGAAGAGGAGCAAAGAAUAGUGAACUACGAGGCGGGGAAGGGAGCGUCAAGAGCCCGCUCCCUGUGGAGACUGGAGCCUCUCAGGAUCAGCUGGAGCGGCAGCCAUAUUCGAUGGGGCCAGUCUUUCCGCCUGCGUCAUCUCUCCACUGGUCACUAUCUGGCCUUGACUGAAGACCGUGGUUUGGUUCUGGAGGACAGAGAGAAGUGCCACACCAAAGCCACUGCUUUUUGCUUUAAGCCAUCCAAGGAAAAAGGCGAUUCUGGCAUGAAGAGGGAUAUUGACGGGAUGGGAGUCCCCGAGAUAAAGUAUGGUGACUCCGUCUGUUUUGUCAUGCACGUGGCCACCGGACUGUGGCUGUCCUACCUGGCGCCUGAUGCCAAAUCGUCUCGUCUUGGUCCCCUGAAAAGAAGGGCCUGCCUUCACUCUGAGGGCCACAUGGAUGAUGGUCUCAUCCUACAGCGCUGCCAGCAUGAGGAGUCUCGGGCUGCUCGCAUCAUCCGAAACACCACAUUCCUCUUCAAAAACUUCAUAAAGGCACUGGACAGCGCUGCAGCCGGAGAGACGAAUGCGGUGGCCGGAUAUGUUGAAGAGGUGCUGCAGACGCUGAACGAUCUGAUUGAAUAUUUCAAGCAGCCCGACGUAGAUCUGGAGCACGAGGAAAAACAGGCGAGGCUUCGCUCGCUCAUCAAACGACAAGACCUCUUCAAGGAGGAGGGUAUGCUGGCCCUGCUCUCCAAAUGCAUUGACCGGAUGAACCUGUAUGAUAGUGCGGCCCACUUCGGAGAGAUGGCCGGGGAGGAAGCUGGUGCAGCAUGGAAGGACAUCCUCAACCUCCUCUAUGAACUCCUGGCUGCACUGAUUCGUGGAAACCGGACCAACUGCACCCAGUUCUCCCGAAACCUGGACUGGCUGGUCAGCAAACUGGAAAGAAUGGAGUCAUCAUCAGGAAUCCUAGAAGUCCUCCACUGUAUCUUGGUGGAAAGUCCAGAAGCCCUGAACAUCAUUCAGAAAGGUCACAUUAAAUCYAUCAUCUCUCUUCUCUACAAGCAUGGACGCAACCACAAGAUUCUGGAUGUGCUGUGCUCUCUGUGUGUGUGCAAUGGGGUGGCAGUGAGAACCAAUCAGAAUCUGAUCUGUGACAACCUGCUGCCAAAAAGGGACCUGCUGCUCCAGACMCGACUGGUCAACGAUGUUCAAAGCAUGAGGCCCAACAUCUUCCUGGGCAUCGCUGAAGGUUCGGCUCAGUAUAAGAAGUGGUACUACGAGUUGGUCAUCGACCAGGUGGACCACUUUGUGACCGGAGAGCCGACCCACCUGAGAGUGGGCUGGGCCAACACCAAAGGCUACGCUCCGUAUCCCGGCGGAGGAGAGGGCUGGGGUGGAAACGGCGUUGGGGAUGACCUUUACUCCUACAGCUUUGAUGGACUUCAUCUGUGGUCAGGUCGGAUCCCCAGAGCCGUGGCCUCCAUUAACCAGCACCUGCUGAACUCGGACGACGUGGUCAGUUGCUGCUUGGAUUUGGGCGCUCCCAGCAUGUCCUUCAGGAUCAACGGGCAGCCGGUGCAGGGGAUGUUUGAGGACUUUAACACCGACAGAUUCUUCUUCCCCGUCGUCAGCUUCUCUGCUGGAGUGAAAGCCCGUUUCCUGCUGGGUGGGCGCCACGGAGACUUUAAGUUCCUGCCGCCAGCCGGUUACUCUCCGUGCUACGAAGCGCUCCUGCCCAAGGAGAAGAUGCAUGUGGAGCCUGUGAAGGAGUACAAGCGGGACCAUGACGGCGUCCGUGACCUGCUGGGAACCACCCAGUUCCUGUCCCAGGCCUCCUUUAUUCCCACUCCGGUUGACACCAGCCAGAUUGUCCUGCCGCCUCAUCUGGAGAACAUYCGCGACAAGUUGGCAGAAAACAUCCACGAACUUUGGGGAAUGAAUAAGAUCGAACUGGGCUGGACGUAUGGSAAGGUUCGUGACGACAACAAGAGGCAGCACCCUUGUCUUGUGGAUUUCAGCAAGCUGCCUGAAACUGAAAAGAACUACAACGUGCAGAUGUCAAGCGAAACACUUAAGACGCUGUUGGCACUCGGCUGCCAUGUUGCCCAGGUUAAUGUUCACGCUGAAGAGGACCUGAAGAAAAUCAAAUUACCAAAAGACUACAUGAUGUCUAAUGGAUACAAGCCUGCGCCRCUGGAACUCUCUGACGUGAAACUGACUCCAGGUCAAGAGGUUCUGGUUGAUAAACUGGCYGAAAACGCACACAAYGUUUGGGCCAAAGACAGAAUCAAACAAGGAUGGACCUAUGGCAUCCAGCAGGAUGUGAAGAGCAGACGUAACCCUCGCUUGGUGCCAUAUGCUUUAUUGGAUGAACGCACAAAGAAAUCUAACAGAGACAGUCUGAGAGAGGCCAUUCGGACGAUGGUUGGAUACGGAUAUGACAUCGACCCUCCAGACCAGGAGGUUGUGCAUGCAUUAGAUAAUCAGAGCAUCGAGACAAUCCGCUUUUUCCGCGUGGAGCAAACGUACGCCGUGAAGACCGGGAAGUGGUACUUUGAGUUUGAGGCCCUGACCGGAGGCGACAUGAGGGUCGGCUGGGCCAGGCCGGGCUGCAGGCCCGACGUGGAGCUGGGAACGGAUGACCAGGCCUACGUCUUUGAUGGAUAUAGGGGUCGACGGAUGCAUGCUGGUAGCCGUUACUUUGGGCAGCCUUGGAAGAAGGGCGACGUGGUUGGUUGCAUGAUCAACAUGGAGGACAAAUCCAUGAUUUUCACUCUGAACGGAGAGCUCCUGAUCACCAGCAAGGGCUCUGAGCUCGGCUUCGCUGACUUUGAAACAGAGGAUGGUUUUAUUCCGGUGUGCAGCCUCGGGAUGUCUCAGAUCGGCCGCAUGAACCUCGGAAAGGACGCCAGCACGUUUAAGUACUACACCAUGUGUGGCCUCCAGGAGGGCUUCGAGCCCUUUGCUGUCAACAUGAACAGGGAGAUAACCAUGUGGUUCAGCAAGCGUUUGCCCACCUUUUUCAACGUACCCCAGGACCACAUGCACAUCGAGGUUACCAGGAUUGACGGGACAGUGGACAGCCCCCCGUGUCUCAAGGUCACACAUAAGACGUUUGGCACCCAGAACAGCAACAGCGACAUGGUUUACUGCAGGCUGAGCAUGCCGGUGGAGUUCUACUCUGCAGACAGGCUGCUGGACGAGUCGCUGAAGCUCAGCCAACCUCCCAAAGAAGAUGGAAGUACUGACUAUGGAAGCAUCACAACUUACUACCACUCGGUGAGAGUGUUUGCCGGACAGGACCCGGCCAGCGUGUGGGUKGGCUGGGUCACACCAGACUAUCACUACUACAGCAAGAACUUCAGUCUCAGCAAGACGCAAACCGUCACCAUCACCCUGGGAGACGAGCGGGGCCGGGUCCACGAGAGUAUCCAGAGGAGCAACUGCUACAUGGUGUGUGCAGCAGAUGCACUCGGCCCGUCUUCCUCCAGCCGCUCAAACACCGACCUGGAAAUCGGCUGUCUGGUCGACUUGGCCACCGGCCUCGUCUCCUUCACCGCCAACGGCAAAGAACUGCCUACAGUGUAUCAGGUGGAGCCGAACACCAAGCUGUUCCCGGCUGUGUUUUGCUGCCCCACCAGUUCCAACCUCUUCCAGUUUGAAUUUGUCAAAAUAMAGGAUGCCAUGCCGCUGUCGUCAGCCAUGUUCAGAAGCGAGCAGCGGAACCCGGUUCCUCAGUGUCCACCGCGUCUGGAUGUGCAAACCAUCGUGGCCGUGCUUUGGAGCCGGAUGCCAAACACCUUCCUAAACGUGGAGGCGGCUCGGGUCAGUGAGCGGCACGGCUGGGUGGUGCAGUGUCUGGAGUCUCUGCAGAUGAUGGCCGUGCACAUACCUGAGGAGAACAGGUGUUUGGACAUCAUGGAGCUGUCGGAGCAUGAAGACCUGAGGACGUUUCACUCCCACACUCUGAAGUUGUACUGCGCCCUCUGCGCUCUGGGAAACACGCGUGUGGCUCACGCUCUCUGCAGCCACUUAGACCAAUCACAGCUUCUCUACACCAUCGACAACCAGUACCUGUCGGGCAUGCUCAGAGAAGGCUUCUACGACGUCCUCAUCAGCAUUCAUCUAGAGACGGCGAAAGAGGCACGGCUAAUGAUGAACAACGAAUUCAUCAUCCCUGUGACGGACGAGACCCGGUCCAUCAAGCUGUUCCCGGAUGAAUCCAAGCACCAUUCUCUUCCCGGAGUCGGCCUGAGCACUUCCCUCAAACCCCGGGUYAACUUCUCCCCGGUCGGCAUCAUCAGCACCAAACGCCACCAGCUCCUCUACAGCCCCCAGAUCCCCCUGGGCGUCCUGAAGGAGAAAGCCAUCAGCAUGCUGACGGAGGCCGUGCAGGGAGGAGGCUCCCACAUCCGAGACCCGGUAGGCGGGAGCCUAGAGUACCAGUUCGUCCCCAUCCUGAAGCUCAUCGGAACGCUGCUCAUCAUGGGGGUGCUGACCAGCGACGAGGUGAGGCUGAUUCUCCUCCUCAUYGAGCCCAACGUKUUUGGGGAGGCCAAGGAGGGAGAAGAGGGGAGCGGGGGCGAGGUGGUGGUGGCGGGGGAGAAAGAGGAGGUGAGCAAGAACGAGGAGAAGGCUGUGGAGGCGGGAGAGGAGGAGACCAAGGAGAGCAAACCGGCCGCCAAAGGUCUGCUGGAGAAGUCCCUGCCGGAGUCUGUUAAACACCAGAUGUGCGAGCUGCUGCACUACUUCUGCGACUGCGAGCUGCAGCACCGUAUCGAGGCCAUCGUCUCCUUCUCCGACCGCUUCGUCUCCAAACUGCAGUACAACCAGAAGUUUCGCUACAACGAGCUGAUGCUGGCUUUCAACAUGUCCGCCGCCGUCACGGCCAAGAAGACCAAGGAGUUUCGCUCGCCGCCACAUGAGCAGGUGCCGCACUUUAACGCAUUUGCCCUGGCAGGAAUCCCCGUGGAGGAGGAGGAGGAAGAGCAGGACACAUCGAUUAAAGGUCGGCUCCUGGCUCUGCUCUACAAGAUCAAGGGCCCGCCUCAGAAGACAGAGGAGGAGCCCGCAGAGACAGAACAGGCCGCCCCGACCAACCUGAAGGAGCUGAUUUCUCAGACGAUCACCAGCUGGGCCCAGGAGUCCCACAUCCAGGACCCGGAGCUGGUCCGAGUCAUGUUCAGYCUGCUGAGGAGGCAGUAUGAUGGCAUCGGCGAACUGCUGCGGGCCAUGAAGAAAUCGUACACCAUCAGCGCCGCCUCGGUGCAGGACGCCAUCAACCUGCUGGCCUCUCUGGGUCAAAUCAGGUCGCUGCUUUCAGUGCGCAUGGGCAAGGAGGAAGAGAAGCUCAUGAUUGAUGGGCUCGGGGACAUCAUGAACAACAAGGUUUUCUACCAGCAUCCCAAUCUGAUGAGAGUUUUGGGAAUGCAUGAGACGGUCAUGGAGGUCAUGGUCAACGUCCUGGGUGGAGACAAGUCCCAGGAGAUUGCCUUUCCCAAGAUGGUGGCCAGCUGCUGUCGAUUUCUGUGCUAUUUCUGCCGCAUCAGCCGGCAGAACCAGAAGGCCAUGUUUGACCACCUGAGCUACCUGCUGGAGAACAGCAGCGUAGGACUGGCGUCUGAAGCGAUGCGAGGCUCCACUCCUCUGGAUGUCGCAGCAUCUUCAGUGAUGGACAACAACGGUCUGGCUUUGGCUCUGGAGGAACCUGACCUAGAAAAGGUGGUGACGUACCUGGCAGGAUGCGGCCUGCAGAGCUGUGCYAUACUGGUUGCCAAGGGUUACCCGGACCUGGGCUGGAACCCCAUAGAGGGAGAGCGUUACCUCUCAUUCCUGAGAUUUGUCGUCUUCUGCAAUGGCGAAGCCGGGCAUUUUGGAAUUAUAAUCAGCAAAAUAUACAAUGCAGCGGGCAUGAAGGAGCUCAAAACGCAGUUACACACCAAGACAACUGCAAAAAGAAGCUGUGAAAGAGGCCAGAAAGUUGAUCCCAGGCUCCYGUUUGUGUGCUGCAGGUCUGGUGAAGAGGAAGGAGAAGUUAUCCACAUGGGCAACGCCAUCAUGUCCUUCUACUCCGCCCUCAUCGACCUGCUGGGACGCUGCGCUCCAGAGAUGCAUCUUAUCAAUGCAGGAAAAGGUGAAGCGUUGCGUAUCAGAGCCAUCCUGCGCUCUCUGGUUCCCACSUCAGACCUGGUGGGCAUCAUCAGCAUCCCCCUCAAGAUGCCUGUGAUUAACAAAGACGGAUCCGUGACAGAACCCGACAUGUCGGCCUGCUUCUGCCCGGACCACAAGGCCCCCAUGGUGCUUUUCCUGGACAGAGUUUACGGCAUUGAGGACCAGAGUUUCCUGCUGCAGAUGCUGGAAGUCGGGUUCCUGCCGGACCUCAAAGCCUCGGCGUCUCUGGACACGGUGAGUCCAAAAGAACCUUCGUCUAAUUCACAACUCUUAAGUUCUCUGAUUGUCUGCAGGCAUCUUCGACCAUCCAUGAUGCAGCAGCUGCUCAGGCGCCUCGUCUUCGACGUUCCUCUGCUCACUGAAUACUGCAAGAUGCCUCUCCGGCUGCUGACCAACCACUAUGAGCAGAACUGGAAGUACUACUGCCUGCCGUCUGGGAUGGGCGGCUUCGGCAUGGCCUCUGAGGAAGAGCUGCUGCUCACAAAGAAACUCUUCUGGGGAAUUUUUGACUCUCUUUCUCAGAAGAAAUACGAUUCUGAGCUGUUUAAAAUGGCCAAGUCGUGCCUGUGUGCCAUCGCUGGAGCUUUGCCUCCAGACUUCGUGGACACCAGCUUAGGGGCGAUGGUGGAGAAGCAGGAGUCAGUGGAUGCACAGGGAAACUUUGAGCCCAAACCCAUCAACACUGCCAACAUCUCCCUUCCUGAAAAACUUGACUACAUUGCUAAUAAGUAUGCAGAGCAUUCCCACGACAAGUGGGCUUCAGAGAAGAUGUCGGCUGGCUGGAAACACGGAGACAGUUUGGACGAGCAGGCCAAAGCCCAUCCGCUGCUGAAGCCGUAUAAAUCUUUAAGUGAGAAGGAGAGGGAGACGUACCGCUGGCCUGUGAAAGAGUCUCUGAAGAGCAUGCUGGCGAUGAACUGGAACAUCGAGAGGACCAAGGAGGGAGAAGCCAUGUUCCAGCAGCGAGAGAGUGAAAAACAGAGGAAGCUUUCAGAAACUCAGUCUAACGGAUUCAGUCCUGCUCCGAUGGACCUGCACAAUGUCACUUUGUCCCGAGAGUUACAGAGUAUGGUGGAAGUGGUUGCAGAAAAUUACCACAACAUCUGGGCUAAGAAGAAGAAGUCAGAACUUCUGAGUAAAGGAGGAGGGUUGGCUCACCCGCUGCUUGUGCCCUAUGAUACCCUGACUGCUAAAGAGAAGUACAGAGACAAAGAAAAGGCCCAAGAGCUCUUCAAGUUCCUGCAGAUAAGUGGCUAUGCUAUCACAAGAGGUCUGAAGGACAUGGAGCAGGACUCGUCAUCCAUGGAAAAACGUUUUGCCUACAAGUUCCUAAAGAGGUUGCUGAAGAAUAUCGACUCUGCUCAGGAGUUUAUCGCCCAUCUUGAGGCGAUGGCCACCAGUGGGAAAACUGACAAGUCCCCCCAUGACCAGGAGAUCAAGUUCUUUGCAAAGGUUUUACUUCCAAUGAUUGAUCAGACAUUUAAGAACCACUGCCUUUACUUCCUGUCCACACCCAGCAAGAACCUGAGCAGCUGCGGCUGCGCCUCCAACAAGGAGAAGGAGAUGGUCACCAGCCUGUUCUGUAAGAUGGCAGCUCUUGUUAGACACAGGAUUUCUCUCUUUGGAAGUGACUCUGCGAUCAUGGUGAGCUGUCUUCACAUCCUGUCCCACUCACUCGACACGAGAACAGUGAUGAAAUCCGGCGCAGAGCUGGUCAAAGUCGGCUUCAAGGCCUUCUUUGAGAACGCGGCGGAGGACUUGGAGAAGCUGGUGGAGAUGCUGAAGCUGGGGAAGUUCAUGCAGUCGCGCGCGCAGAUGAAGAGCGUCACUCAGAGCAUCAACUAUGUGACCGUGGCCCUGCUGCCCAUCCUCACUGCCCUGUUUGAACACAUCACGACGCACGAGUUUGACGUGGACCUGCUYGUGGAUGAUGUGCAGCUGUCCUGCUACCGAAUCCUGAUGUGCUUCUACAGCCUGGGAACCGGAAAGAAUGUCUUUGUGGAGAGGCAUCUGCCAGCGAUUGGGGAGAGUCUGGCGACCUUGGUGGGAGCGAUGCCGGUGGCGUUCCUGGAGCCUCAUCUCAACGCCCACAACCCACUUUCAGUUUUCAACACCAAGACGCCCCGAGAGCGAGCCAUCCUGAGYAUGCCCGACACGGUGGAGGAGAUGUGUCCAGAGAUGCCUCGCCUCGACAAGCUGCUCAAGGACGUCAACGACGUGUCGGAGUCCGGCGCUCGCUACAGUGACAUGCCACAGGUCAUUGAGGUCGUCCUCCCCAUGCUGUGCAACUACUUAUCCUACUGGUGGGAGAAAGGCCCGGAGAACUCGCCGCCGGACUCCGACUGCUGCACCAUGGUGACGUCUGAACACCUGAGCAUCAUUCUGGGAAACAUCCUGAAGAUCCUCAACAACAACCUSGGCAUUGAUGACGCUCCCUGGAUGAARAGGAUUGCAGUUUACUCGCAGCCAAUCAUCUGCAAAGCCGGAGCUGAUUUGUUGAGAACCCACUUCCUGCCCACAAUGGAGAAACUGAAGAAGAAGACGGUGAAGGUUGUGUCUGAGGAGGAGCUGCUGAAGGCCGACGGUAAAGGAGACAACCAGGAAGCAGAGCUGCUCAUCCUGGACGAGUUCGCGGUGCUCUGCAGGGACCUCUACGCUUUCUACCCCAUGCUCAUCCGYUACGUGGACAACAACAGGUCCAGGUGGCUGAAGGAGCCGGAUGCAGACUCCACUGAGCUCUUCAGGAUGGUGGCUGAGAUUUUCAUCCUCUGGUGCAAAUCCAACAACUUCAAGCGUGAGGAGCAAAACUUUGUGAUUCAGAACGAGAUCAACAAUCUGGGCUUCCUGACCGGGGAGGGCAAGUCCAAGAUGUCCAAGUCUGGUGGAGACCAGGAGCGGAAACAUAAACGGCGCCGCGGUGAAUAUUACUCCAUCCAGACGUCUCUGAUCGUAGCUGCGCUCAAGAAGCUGCUGCCCAUCGGCUUGAACAUGUGCACACCGGGAGACCAGGAGCUCAUCUCUUUGGCAAAGAUUCGCUACAGCCUGAAAGACACGGACGACGAGGUGAAGGAGCAUUUGCGCCAGAACCUCCACCUGCAGGAAAAGUCUGAUGAUCCAGCAGUUCACUGGCAGCUGAACCUUUAUAAAGACGUAGUGGUGAAAUCGGAGGAGCCGUCGGAUUCGGAGCACACGGUGGAGAGAAUCCAGAGCAUCUCUGCAGCCGUCUUCAAUUUGGAGCAGGUGGAGCAGCCUCUGAGGAACAAGAARUGCRUCGUCCAGAAGCUGCUGUCCAAGCAGCGCAAGCGAGCCGUCGUCGCUUGUUUCCGCAUGGCUCCACUCUACAACUUACCCAGGCAUCGUGCUAUCAACUUCUUCAUCCCGGCCUAUGAGAGACUUUGGAUAGAGGCAGAGGAGUACUCCUUUGAGGAAAAGCUAGUUCAGGACCUGGCAAAAACCCCGAUGAAGAUCGUGGAGGAAGAGGAGGAGGAGGAGGCUGAGAUCAAGCCGGAUCCGCUCCACCAGCUCAUCCUCCACUUCAGCCACAACGCUCUGACGGAGAGAAGCUACCUGGAAGUUGAUCCUUUAUAUAUUGCAUAUGCAGACAUGAUGGCAAAGAGCUGUGCAGAGGAUGAGGAGGAAGAGGAAGAAGAAGGGCGGGAAAAGACAUUCGAGGAAAAGGAGAUGGAGAAGCAGAAGAUCCUGUACCAGCAGGCGAGGCUGCACGCGCGUGGGGCUGCAGAGAUGGUGCUGCAGAUGAUCAGCGCCAGCAAAGGUCGUCUGGGCCCCAUGGUGACCUGCACCCUCAAACUGGGCAUCUCCAUCCUAAAUGGAGGCAAYGUGCAAGUUCAACAGAAAAUGCUCGGCUACUUGACGGACAAAAGAGAYGCAGGCUUUUUCAAGAGUCUGUCAGGACUCAUGCAGUCUUGCAGUGUCCUGGACCUGAAUGCAUUYGAGAGGCAAAACAAGGCAGAAGGACUUGGCAUGGUGACGCAAGAAGGUUCAAGCUCCAAGGUGCUUCAGAACGACGAAUUCACCAAAGAUCUGUUCCGCUUUUUGCAACUUCUCUGUGAGGGACACAACGGAGAUUUCCAGAACUUCCUGAGAACCCAAACUGGAAACACGACCACAGUGAACAUCAUCAUCAGCACGGUGGACUACCUGCUCCGCCUCCAGGAAUCCAUCAGUGAUUUUUACUGGUAUUAUUCUGGGAAAGAYGUAAUUGAUGAAACUGGGAAGCACAACUUCUCCAAAGCUUUAUCUGUCGCCAAGCAGAUAUUUAACUCGCUCACUGAGUACAUUCAGGGGCCUUGCAUUGGAAACCAGCAGAGUUUAGCUCACAGCAGACUGUGGGACGCAGUCGUCGGCUUCCUGCAUGUGUUUGCAAACAUGCAAAUGAAGCUUUCACAGGAUGCCAGUCAGAUUGAGUUGUUGAAGGAACUGAUGGAUUUACAGAAGGACAUGGUYGUCAUGCUGCUGUCUCUCCUUGAGGGAAACGUGGUGAACGGGACAAUCGGGAAGCAGAUGGUCGACACCCUGGUGGAGUCUUCCAGUAACGUGGAGAUGAUCCUGAAAUUCUUCGACAUGUUCCUCAAACUGAAAGACCUCACCACGUCCGACAACUUUAAGGAGUACGACCCGGAAUGCAAAGGGAUCAUUUCCAAGAAGGAGUUCCAGAAGUCGAUGGAGAGCCAGAAGCAGUACAACCAGUCAGAAAUCGAGUUCCUGCUGUCGUGCGCGGAGGCCGACGAGAACGACAUGUUCAACUACAAGGAGUUUGUGGAGCGAUUCCACGAGCCGGCCAAGGACAUCGGGUUCAACGUGGCCGUGCUGCUGACCAACCUGUCCGAACACAUGCCGCACGACGCCCGGCUCGCCACCUUCCUGGACCUGGCCGAAAGCGUCCUCAGCUACUUCGAGCCGUACCUGGGGCGCAUCGAGAUCCUGGGCAGCGCCAAGCGAAUCGAACGCGUUUACUUCGAGAUCAGCGAGUCGAGCCGCGAGCAGUGGGAAAAGCCGCAGGUGAAGGAGUCCAAGCGGCAGUUCAUCUUCGACGUGGUGAACGAGGGAGGAGAGAGCGAGAAGAUGGAGAUGUUUGUGAACUUCUGCGAGGACACCAUCUUUGAGAUGCAGCUGGCCUCGCAGAUCUCCGAGCCGGACGCCGUGGAGCAGCCGGAGGAGGAGGAGGAGGAAGAGGUGCACAGCAUCCUGGAGGAGCUCUCCGGGGGAGACGACGCCGCCCUGGAGUCCGCCUCGGCGUUCACCACCGCCUGCCGUUCGGUCAAGAAGAACCUCUCAGAAAUCCGGCAGAUCUUCACCAUUAAAACGGCGCGCAAGCAGWUCAAGAAAAUCAAGAAGCUGAGCAUCAAGGAGCUGAUCACCGGCUUCUUCUCCUUCUUGUGGAUGAUCUUCAUCGGCUUCUUUAAGGGCAUUUUCAGCCUCGUGUUCGGUUUCUUCCACGUCAUYUGGUCGUCCAUGUUCGGCGGAGGGCUUGUUGAAGGAGCCAAGAACAUAAAGGUGACGGACAUCCUGGGCAACAUGCCGGACCCGACGCAGUUCGGCAUCCACGGCGACGUGGGGGAAGGAGACAAAGUGGAAGCCAUGGAGUCGUCGGGCAGCUUGGACAAAGCCAUGGCUCCUGCAGGAGACGCCACAGAGGUGGACGUGAUGCUGGAGAUGCUGGCGCCUAAGAAGGAGGGAGGGAAACACGUGGAGCCCGGCCUGGGGGACGUGUCGGAGCUGAGCGGGGAGUCGUCCGCUGCAGACAGCAAAAAGAAAGCCGCUGCCAAGACGGCUGCUCCCUCCGAGAGCGAGACGGAAAAAGCAGACACUGAGACCCGGGAGAAGGAGGACAAACCAAAGGAGGAGGAGGCGAAGGAACCAGCCGUGGAGGAGAAACCCAAACCCAAGUCCAGUCAACCCAAAGAGGCGUCUCCGGCCUUCAUGUCAACCGUCUUCGCCAUUCUUGACGUCUACCUGAAUAAGAUACUGAACUACCUGGCUCGUAACUUCUACAACCUCCGUUUCCUGGCUCUGUUCGUUUGCUUCGCCAUCAACUUCAUCCUGCUCUUUUACAAGGUCACUGGUGAAGCUGAGGAAGAGGAGGAAGGCGACGAGGAGAACAGUUGGGGUGACGAUGACGGCGAGAACACGCUGUUCGACAUGGACGAGUUUGUGCUGCAGGAGAGCACCGGGUACAUGCUGCCGACGCUGCGCUUCCUGGCCAUCUUCCACACCGUCAUCUCGCUGCUCUGCCUGUUCGGCUACUACUGCCUGAAGGUUCCUCUGGUGGUGUUCAAGAGGGAGAAGGAGAUCGCCAGGAAGCUGGAGUUCGACGGUUUGUACAUCACUGAGCAGCCGUCCGACGACGACAUCAAGGGCCAGUGGGAUCGACUCGUCAUCAACACGCCAUCUUUCCCCAACAACUACUGGGACAAGUUUAUCAAGCGCAAGGUGAUCAACAAAUAUGGCGACAUGUAUGGGGCCGAGCGCAUCGCUGAGCUUCUGGGUCUGGAUAAGAGCGCUCUGGACUUUGACCCCACCGUGGAGACGGUGGAGAAGGAGGCGUCCCUGCUGUCCUGGCUGAGCUCUAUUGACACAAAGUACCACAUCUGGAAACUGGGAGUGGUUUUGACUGACAACUACUUCCUGUAUCUCAUCUGGUACACCACCAUGUCCAUCUUUGGACACUUCAACAACUUCUUCUUCGCUGCACAUCUGCUGGACAUCGCCAUGGGCUUCAAGACGCUGCGCACCAUCCUGUCCUCCGUCACUCACAACGGCAAGCAGCUUGUGCUGACCGUCGGUCUGCUGGCCGUGGUCGUCUACCUCUACACUGUGGUGGCCUUCAACUUCUUCAGAAAGUUCUACAACAAGAGCGAGGACGAAGACGAGCCCGACAUGAAGUGUGACGACAUGAUGACGUGCUACUUGUUCCACAUGUAUGUGGGCGUGAGAGCCGGCGGAGGAAUCGGAGACGAGCUGGAGGACCCGGCCGGAGAUCCCUACGAACUCUACCGCAUCCUGUUCGACAUCACCUUCUUCUUCUUCGUCAUCGUCAUCCUGCUGGCCAUCAUUCAGGGUUUGAUCAUCGACGCCUUUGGGGAGCUGAGAGACCAGCAGGAGCAGGUCAAGGAGGACAUGGAGGUAAGACUCRCGUCUCGCCUGCAACCGAACGUUUCCCGUUUCCUCUUCCAGGAGUCGUACGUGUGGAAGAUGUACCAGGAGAGAUGCUGGGACUUCUUCCCUGCAGGAGACUGCUUCCGUAAGCAAUACGAGGACCAGCUGGGUUAGGAGGGGGGGCGGCCCGCGCCUCCCCCAACGCCCCUCCCCUACUUGACGUCGCCCUGUUACCAGAACCUGAACGCAUUUUGAAUUCUACGGCUCACUGGAUGCUCCGGAUUUGUGCAUCAAGUUCCUUUGACUUCCUGCCACGACGGCUCAUUUAUGCAAACCUCUUUGUUUUGAUUGUGACUCGCAUUGCCUUUCCCUCCAUGUGUUGUGUGUAGACAUCUGAAACACGGCUAAGGGUUACAGCAUGACGACUGAAUGUCCGUAAAUGCACAAUUUCUCGUCAACCUGAGUGGACGUUUGCUCCUGGAAUGGAUCAGUGCUGAUUGAGUUAAAUGAUUUGCCUUUUCAACGCUGGCUAAACGAACGUGGUUCCUUCAGGACCAGAGACGAAUCUGUUAGGUGUUUAUCAAGUGCCGACGUGCCUUUGGAAAAAUUAACUAUGCAAAAACGAAUCUUUGUUCCUCUUAACACAAGCAGUGCUCUAGUUCUGGUCUUAAUCACAUCGGUUUUUUGGCUUUUAAAUGAAAAAAAAAACAAACAUUUGUUGUAAAAAAUCUAGACAUUUCUUGUGUAAAUGUUGCUUAGUUUGGUUGUGUUCCUACUCUGUGGUGUCCUGCCCACCCUGCACUUCUUCUCCACAGUAGACGAACCCCACAACAGAGGAGAGUUAUGAAACCUGGUUCAAUGAUUUAUUGGCUGAAACUGUGCGGCCAUUUGUACGUAUGUAGGAGGAAAAUAAUAAACUGAUGCAAUACGA